AUGGGUAAGGCUCAAGUCGCACCCUUGACGCUGAUGUCGACUCCACGUCGCGAACUUAAAGCCGCAGUGAUUUCAGCCAAUGUGGCCUACAUGCUCAGCAGAGAGCUCAAAUACAAAGUCUUAGCCGAAGUAUUUUACACUGAAUCCUCCGUUGUUUUGGGUUAUAUUCGUAAUGAAGCAAUGCGUUUCCAUACACAUGUCGGAAACCGUGUACACCACAUCCAUGACAGAUCAAAACCACAGCAGCAGCACUAUGUUGCCAGCACCGAUAACCCAGCUGACAUUGCCUCACGAGACGCGACCGCCAAACAACUUUCAGAACACGAACCAUGGUUCAAAGGUCCAAGUUUCUUGUGGGAGAAGGACGUAUUUGUGGAGAACACAGAUCCAGUUCCCGAUUUGAACCCCGAUGAUACUGAAGUAAAGAAAGUCAAAACGGCGGUCCUUAUCUCAAACCGAGUCACACCCCAAAACCAGGAAGAGAAAACCAGGAGGAGAAAACCUUUCCAGAAGUUUUGGAAUUAG